GCUCGGAUUACAGGCAUGAGCCACCAUACCUGGCCUUGACAGGUUUUAAAAUCAAUUAAGUCUUGAGCUAAAUGUGUCCUGUGCCAUCUCCUCCUCACUGGGUACUUUGUGGGAAAGGAAUGGUAGCUCUUUGGGAAAAAGCAUUAAGCUUGUGAGAAGAGGUGAAGAGUUGCUAGGUGUAGGGUAAGUAAUGGACUGAGAGAAGGAAAAGAUGGAUAGAGCGUGACCCUAAAAGAAUGCUAAGAUUCUUCAGGAAGUUUUUUAGUAAUAAGCCCUCAUCAGACUGAGUAGUCUCUUUGCCCAGCCCCGCCUUUGUACUUGAAAUCUGCAGCCCUUGUAGUUCUUCUGUGUGCUCUACAGCUUGAGUCUGUGCUGCUCUAGCUCUGGGGAGGUGGUGGGGAAGGGUGGGGGAGAUGUACUCAGUUUCUCUGCAAGUGUCUAGAGGUCUUCGCAUUGCGGAGACUCUUGAUCACCUUUUAGUAUGUGCUUUGUUUCUUGGCUACAUCAGGAGGUUAAUAAUAGCAUGGUACUGACAGGUGAGGGUGAACUAAGGAAACAGAACAUGAGAGAAUGUCAACAGUUUUACUAAAAGUUGAGGCCAUGUAUGCAUUUUUUGUGAACAGCAUCUACCUUCUUAAAGAGGCCCAGUAAGUGAAAAAAGAAUUUAGGGAACAAGUAUUAGUCAGCUGAUGAGAUUUUGAACUGGACAGACUUUGUACCUUGGCAUAUGAAUGGCCAUCCUAGAACCUUUUGAACUUUUGCCACCAAGUAACUCUGAAAAGGCUGACACAGCCAGUGGUAGAUAAUGGAAAGAGCACAGUCCUCUGCCCAAGGAAUCAAGGUAUAUAUUAUUCAGGGGGGUAAAGAACCUCACUGGCUCAACAGUGAAAGCUUAUAAAUUGCAGGAUCAUCAGAGAUGAGGAAAUGGAUCACAGAUAGUCAUUGAGUUUGACUUUUCUCCUAGAAUUCAUUAUUGUUUUAGGAAUCAACAGGGUGUAAAGGAAAUGGUGCAGAUUUUCUACUUAGGAAAGAAGUACUGUAUUUGACCACUUUCUAGCUGAAAGUGCUAGCUGAAAGUAGAGUUCCAUUACUUCUCUGACCCUGUUUCCUCAUUUGGGAAUAUGGGAAUGGACUUUUGCAAAUCUGUUGGGAAAUGUGAAGGGCAGGAAGAGAGUAAAAUGAGAUGCUGUCUAGCAUUGAGUAGCAGCUUAAUAUGCAUCAGUUCCUUCCUACUUCAGUCAAAAUUUAGUUUUGUAUGUAGAAUAAUCCUUCUUUAUAUUCUAUUCUCCAUUUUGAGUUUGGAAACAUGAAUGAUUUUAUUUAAACCAACAGCUUGAUGAUAAAAGGAGCUGUUUGUCAGAGACGGUCCUGUAAAUGCCUUGUAACCUGAGAGAUUCUGAGUGCCGGGGUAAGCAGGUUAUAAAGGCCAACUCCCACAGCCCGCACACUUUGUGUGUGGCAGAUUCUUAAACCAUUUGUUUACUGUUUUUUAACACUGCCCUGAAGUCCACUUAAGUCAGAGUUCAACCAAAGGGACGUAAUCCCAGAACUUUGGGAUUUCUCUGUGAUUACAGAGAAAUGCGAAAUUGUUUUCUGGAAGAAUGCACUGUUCGAUUAUACUCCGUGUGGCGUCGGUAUAUGAAAAUAUUGGUGGAUGGCGAGGGGGAUGUUGAUCUGAGCAGAGACCCUAGGAGGAAGCUAAAGUACUGCGUAGUGGUGGCUGUUUCGGUGGUUUUGUUUUGUGUUUUUUACAGUUAGUGGCAGCUGUGUGCACGCUUUUUCUUGAGUCAGCGGCACUAGGCAAGUAAUUUCCCAUCCUGAAGCUCUUAGCCUCUUGAGCUACAGUGGAUAUACUGGGAUGUGGCUCUUAACUUUAAAAAUUUGCAUAAAUCCAGCUGCCACUGCUCCGGCAAGGCUGGGUCUUUACACCUUCCCUGAGGAAGUGCACGGCUGUCUGUAACGUGCCGCCGGGUCCCAGGAUGGAGGAGUGAAGGCUCCCGCUGCUGCGGUUCCAGCCUCCGGAGCCCGCCGAAGCCGAGUCCCCAGAGAGCGCCCUGAGGGAACAGGGUGGCCGCCUGGUCCAGGAAUGUUUACCCUUGCAGAAGUUGCAUCACUUAAUGACAUUCAGCCAACUUACCGAAUCCUGAAACCAUGGUGGGAUGUGUUUAUGGAUUACCUGGCUGUUGUUAUGUUGAUGGUAGCCAUCUUUGCAGGAACCAUGCAACUUACCAAAGAUCAGGUGGUCUGCUUGCCAGUAUUGCCAUCUCCUGUAAAUUCAAAGGCACACACACCACCAGGAAAUGCCGAUGUCGCCACCGACAUCCCGAAGAUAGAAGCAGCCACCAGCCAAGACCAAGAUGGGCGGACAACAAAUGACAUUUCCUUUGGCGCAUCUUCUGUGACACCUGACAUACCUCUCAGAGCCACAUAUCCUCGCACAGAUUUCACAGUUCCAAAUCAGGAGGCAAAGAAAGAGAAGAAAGAUCCAACAGGCAGAAAAACAAACUUGGAUUUUCAGCAAUAUGUAUUUAUUAAUCAGAUGUGUUACCAUCUGGCCCUUCCAUGGUAUUCUAAAUACUUUCCAUACCUUGCUCUUAUCCAUACUAUUAUUCUCAUGGUCAGUAGCAACUUUUGGUUCAAAUAUCCCAAAACAUGCUCAAAAGUAGAACAUUUUGUUUCAAUAUUAGGAAAGUGCUUUGAAUCCCCUUGGACUACAAAAGCGUUGUCUGAGACAGCAUGUGAAGACUCAGAGGAAAACAAGCAGAGAAUAACAGGUGCCCAAACCCUACCAAAGCACGUGUCUACCAGCAGUGAUGAAGGGAGCCCCAGUGCCAGUACUCCAAUGAUCAACAAAACCGGCUUCAAAUUUUCAGCAGAGAAGCCUGUGAUCGAGGUUCCCAGCAUGACCAUCCUGGAUAAAAAAGAUGGAGAACAGGCCAAAGCCCUGUUUGAGAAAGUCAGGAAGUUCCGUGCCCAUGUGGAAGAUAGUGACUUGAUCUAUAAACUCUAUGUGGUCCAAACAGUUAUCAAAACAGCCAAGUUCAUUUUUAUUCUCUGCUAUACUGCGAACUUUGUCAACGCAAUCAGCUUUGAACACGUCUGCAAGCCAAAAGUUGAGCACCUGACCGGUUAUGAGGUGUUUGAGUGCACCCACAACAUGGCUUACAUGCUGAAAAAGCUUCUCAUCAGUUACAUAUCCAUUAUUUGUGUUUAUGGCUUUAUCUGCCUCUAUACUCUCUUUUGGUUAUUCAGGAUACCUUUGAAGGAAUAUUCUUUUGAAAAGGUCAGAGAAGAGAGCAGUUUCAGUGACAUUCCAGAUGUCAAAAACGAUUUUGCGUUCCUUCUACACAUGGUAGACCAGUAUGACCAGCUAUAUUCCAAGCGUUUUGGUGUGUUCUUGUCAGAAGUGAGUGAAAAUAAACUUAGGGAAAUCAGUUUGAACCACGAGUGGACAUUUGAAAAACUCAGGCAGCACGUAUCACGCAAUGCCCAGGACAAGCAGGAGUUACAUCUGUUCAUGCUGUCGGGAGUGCCCGAUGCUGUCUUUGACCUCACAGACUUGGAUGUGUUGAAGCUUGAACUGAUUCCAGAAGCUAAAAUUCCUGCUAAGAUUUCUCAAAUGACUAAUCUCCAAGAGCUCCACCUCUGCCACUGCCCUGCAAAAGUUGAACAGACUGCUUUUAGCUUUCUUCGUGAUCACUUGAGAUGCCUUCACGUGAAGUUCACUGAUGUGGCUGAAAUUCCUGCCUGGGUGUAUUUGCUGAAAAACCUUCGAGAGCUGUACUUGAUAGGCAACUUGAACUCUGAAAACAACAAGAUGAUAGGACUUGAAUCUCUCCGAGAGUUGCGGCACCUUAAGAUUCUCCACGUGAAGAGCAAUUUGACCAAAGUUCCCUCCAACAUCACAGAUGUAGCUCCGCAUCUUACAAAGUUAGUCAUUCAUAAUGACGGCACUAAACUCUUGGUACUGAACAGCCUUAAGAAAAUGAUGAAUGUCGCCGAGCUGGAACUCCAGAACUGUGAACUAGAGAGAAUUCCACAUGCUAUUUUCAGCCUCUCUAAUUUACAGGAACUGGAUUUAAAGUCAAAUAACAUACGCACAAUUGAAGAAAUCAUCAGUUUCCAGCAUUUAAAACGACUGACUUGUUUAAAGUUAUGGCAUAACAAAAUUGUUACCAUUCCUCCCUCCAUCACCCAUGUCAAAAAUUUGGAGUCACUUUAUUUCUCUAACAACAAGCUCGAAUCCUUACCAGUGGCAGUAUUUAGUUUACAGAAACUCAGAUGCUUAGAUGUAAGCUACAACAACAUUUCAAUGAUUCCAAUAGAUAUAGGAUUGCUUCAGAACCUGCAGCAUUUGCAUAUCACUGGGAACAAAGUGGACAUUCUGCCAAAACAGUUGUUUAAAUGUGUCAAGUUGAGGACUUUGAACCUGGGGCAAAACUGCAUCACCUCCCUCCCAGAGAAGAUUGGUCAGCUCUCCCAGCUCACUCAGCUGGAGCUGAAGGGGAACUGCUUGGACCGCCUGCCAGCCCAGCUGGGCCAGUGUCGAAUGCUCAAGAAAAGCGGGCUUGUUGUGGAAGAUCACCUUUUUGACACCCUGCCACUCGAAGUCAAAGAAGCAUUGAACCAAGACAUAAAUGUUCCCUUUGCAAAUGGGAUUUAAACUGAGAUAGUGCGUGCACAGCCAUGUGCAGGAACAACUUCCUAAAUUGCAAAUGCUCACGUACAAGUUAUUGCAAGAUAAUGCAUUUUAGGAGUAGAUACAUCUUUUAAAAUAAAACACAGAGGAUGAUGCAUAGAAGGCUGAUAGAAGACGUAACUGAAUGUUCAAUGUUUGUAGGGUUUUAAGUCAUUCAUUUCCAAUUCUUUUUUCUUUUUUUCUUUUGGGGGAAGGGAAGGAAAAAUUAAAAUCACUAAUCUUGGUUCUUUUUAAAUUGUUUGUAACUUGGAUGCUGCCGCUACUGAAUGUUUACAAAUUGCUUGCCUGCUAAAGUAAAUGAUUAAAUUGACAUUUUCUUACUAUA